AUGAAUUUUAGCGUUGUGACUGAACUGAAUUUCUGCUCUAAUGUCACAUGUGAAGAUCCUGAGUGGACCCCUUCGUCUGUACUUCUCUAUGCAUGUGUGGCAGUACUGAUCAGCCUGACUGUGUGCGGAAACCUGCUUGUGAUCAUCUCCAUCUCCCACUUCAAGCAGCUCCACACACCGACAAACUUCUUAAUUCUUUCUCUUGCUACAGCUGACAUGAUGGUUGGUGUUACUGUCAUGCCCAUACAUUUCAUAUCAAGCAGUUUAUGCUUGCAUGUGAGCAAGAUAUUUUGCUAUGUUUGCCUACUGUGUCCAUCACACUUUACCUUUUUAUCUAUUUACAAUGUCUCUUUUAUUUCUCUGGAUCGUUGGUAUGCCUUAUGCUACCCACUGCAAUAUUCGAUCAAAGUCACAUCCAAAUGUAUGUCCAUUGCCAUCUGCUUGAAGUGGUUAAUUUCAUUUUCGUACAACUUGACUUUUAUUUAUUUUAAUGGAACUGCCACUACAGACACACUAUGCUUUAGGGAUUGCAGUGCAGUGGCAGAAGGAGUUUGGUCUGUCAUAGACCUUUUCUUAGUGUUUGUCUUUCCGUGUUCUGUCAUAAUGGUUUCCUAUAUAAAGAUAUUUGCUAUUGCAAGAAAACAUGCAAAAAGCAUCCAGUGCUCAAGAGGGCAGCACAUCCCCAGGAAUAAGAAGCAUGGAGAGAGUGUUUCUAAAGCUUCAGAGAGGAAAGCAGCCACCACACUUGGGAUUCUUGUGAUUGUGUUUGUCACAUGUUUAUUACCCUAUUUCUUGUGUGUUGAACUGAGUCAUUUUAUUCCAUAUCCAAUCAUUGGUUAUGUGUUUGAUGGAAGUCUUACUGUGUUAUACCUUAACUCCACAAUUAAUCCAAUAAUAUAUGCUCUCUUCUACCCUUGGUUCAGAAUAUGUGCUAGAAUCAUCCUCAUGUUCAGGAUUUUCAAUCCUGACUCUUCUCUAAUCAAUGUGCUUACAAAAAGCAGAUAAUACU